AUGGCAAAAACAAGGCUGGUCAUCGACACGGACGCGGUCACCGACGAUGUCCGAGCGGUUUCGUUGGCGUUGCAACAUUCGAAUUCAGAAGUAUGUUUUGUGUACUAUCACUAACCUAUUUUUAAUUUUUAAUGGGGUUUUUAAAAUUGCAACAAAAUUUUUGUUAAAAAUUUCGAAUUUUAAUGUUUUAAAAUUAUCACUUUAACCUAAUUUUUUAGGCUUCUUAAGCUAUAUCUUUAAAAAAAUGAAAUCUCACAACUGUUAUGCACAACUAAACUCAUACAUUUCAGGUUCUGGCCAUCACUACAGUAGCCGGCUGUGUGCCCGUGGAGCAGGCCGUUGCCAAUAUGGUCCGAACGCUGCGAGCCAACAAUGUCACGGGGGUUCGCAUUUUUUUCGUUUUCUUAUCAGUUUAUCCGCUUAAAAUUGGUCGGGUGAAUGGUUGCAACGACCUUCUAUAUUUAGUUUACAAAUAUUGAAAUUUUAAAAUCCCAUCCAUCACGAUAUUGAUGUAGUACGUUGGGAAAGCUACGUUUUCCUUCGGUUUGAUGUAGUUUGAUCUGGAGUGGUUGUUUGUGACAAAGUUGAUGGAUAAGAUUGUUAAUUUAUAGCAGUUAUAUUGUGGGUACAAAAAAGUUGAAUUUUUUACAUGAAAAAUUAAAAUUUACAAUUAUCUUUAGCAAAAAAUUUAAAAAAAUAAAAAUUUUACCCCCUCCUCUCAAAAAAAACAUAGCGAUGCCCUUUGCCUGUGCAACUUGAAAAAAUAUUGUUCACCUUUUCCUCAAAUUUAAUAUUGUUGUUUACCCAAAAUAAUGAAAUGAACCAAACACGGUAUGUUUUGUCUGCCCACCGUAUUCCGAUCGUCCCUUAUCGGCCACGUUGUUUAUGUUUGUUACUUGAAAUUCGUGUUGGUCGUACCACAUUAACCUUGUUUUUCGUUCGAAAAUAAUUCUGUUGAGUAAUCAGAAAAGCGAUAAACGGAUUAAAGCACAAACGCUUUGUUCCUCCGCUGAUAUUAUUAAAGUUUGAAACAAUUUGAGGAAUGGUAUUGUUGGGGUAAGCGGGUUUGGUUGGAGAUUGGACUGGGAAGUGUUUAUCAUUCUAGGCUUAAAAUAAUUUUAAUCAUAUUAACCAUCAGCUCUAAUAUUUUGCAUUUAAAAUAUUUAUUUCCAAUUUUAAUAUGGUAUGUUAAUAUCGAUAAUUAUAACGAAGAAAACAGGUUAAAACUGCAUUCAUUCAAGCUAGAUUCAUAUCAACUAUACUAUUUUUAGGUUCCCAUAUUCAAAGGCGCCUCCAAACCCCUAAUCUUGAACAACCACACCCGUCACAACGAGAAGAUCCUCUUUGGGAACGAUGGUCUGGGUGAUCACCCCACAGAGUUUCCCACAGUACGCCCAGAUGACUACAAUGGACAUCAACAUGAGAUCCCUGCCGCCAUCGCUCUGAUAGAUCUGUUCAGAAAGAACCGUGACCUUACCCUAGUCUGUCUAGGACCAUUGACUAACAUAGCGUUGGCCAUUAAGCUAGAACCCAGGUUUUGUGAAUGGCCCAGGAAAAUUGUCGUAAUGGGAGGCAAUAUCUAUGGCAAAGGCAACAUCAGCCCCAACUCUACGGCCGAGUUCAACUUCUCAAUGGAUCCGGAAGCUGCUUUCAUCGUGAUCAACGAAAUGAAGUGCAAAAUCACGGUGAUACCAUGGGAAGCGUUCCUACACGAAAGUAAAGUGUCGACGGUCGACUUUCAUGCUCAUCUGAAGCUGGACGCUCCAUUGGCACGGUACUUUGAGAUGGUGACGAGGAGGGGAAGAAAGACGUUAUCAAAAGUGGAUAGACAAUAUGGAUAUUGUGAUGAAGUGGCUAUGGGAGUCGCCUUGGAUCCGGACUCGUUAGUUUUGAAGGAAAAAGUGCUACAAGCUUCGGUCGAACUUCAUGGAGCUUUAACACGGUAACUAUUGAGAUUUAUAAACCUAAAAUAAUGUUUUGUAAAAUCAUUUCGUUUUGAAACCCAAAAUUACAUUUCAUUGUUAACUUAACUUAUUUUUCAUUGUUAAUAUGACACUCUUCAUCAACAAACCACCAAUUUCAGAGGCCAAAUGGCUAUUGACUGGAUGGAAGGUAUCUUCCCUGAAACCAUGAGUGCUUCAAUUCAUCGUAUCAACAGCCAUGUCAGCUUUGUCUUGGCAUACGAUGUAAAAGUACUUGAUGAAAUGAUAUUCGAAACGAUUCGAAGAUCAGAAGAAAGGCGAAAAAGACUCGAACUCUUAUGA